AACAUUCUGUUGUGUAUCGAAAUGUUUUGGUUCAGCUUUGUGUUAAUAUCUUUCUUAAUUACUAAAGGAUAUCUUUUCAGCGAUUAUCGUGAGCGAUGUAAUAAUAACGACGAAUGUAUUGAUCAUCGAUUAAUUUGCAACAACAGCGUGUGCGAUUGUGAUAAAUAUCAUAAAUGGAUCGAAAAUGAGUGCGUUCAAGUGGUAAAUACAAGUUUUAUUAUGGAAAAUGAGAUGGAUUUGUUGGAAAGGAAAGAUUUGGAAAUUAUUAUUGGAAAUUAUAAUGAAAAACUUUUUAAAAUUCAAUCACUUGCUGGACUAUUUGUAGCUGGUGUGUGUUUCUUAGCUGUGAUAUUAGUUAUGAUUUAUUGCUGUUAUGUUCGAAAUCAAGAUAACAAAUUAAAGAGGGCGUUGAAGAUUGCAAAAUGUAAACACAACAAAAAAGAAGAAAUUGUUUAAAGGAAGGAAAUGAUAAAAAAG